GAGGAGUUUUCUCCUGUCAGCUCCCCCCACCUCCCCCUGCUGUCUGUCCCGGGUUUGGAGGCGAGGCUGAGGAAUCGGAGGAGGAAACAUGACGAGUAACAUCAGGUACAAAAGCCGGAUUCCGGUGAAAACAGAGGACAGCAUGGAGGAGAAGCAGUAUGUGGGCUUCGCCACUCUGCCCAACCAGGUCCACAGGAAGUCCGUAAAGAAGGGUUUCGAUUUCACGCUGAUGGUGGCAGGGGAGUCUGGGAUGGGAAAAUCCACUUUGGUCAACAGCCUGUUCCUCACAGACCUCUACAAAGACAGAAAGUUACUGAACGCUGAGGAACGCAUUAACCAAACCGUAGAGAUCAUCAAACACACUGUAGACAUCGAGGAGAAAGGAGUGAAGCUCAAGCUGACCAUCGUGGACACGCCGGGAUUCGGAGACGCCGUCAACAACAACGAGUGCUGGAAGCCGAUCACGGACUAUAUAGAUCAGCAGUUUGAGCAGUACUUCAGGGACGAGAGCGGGCUGAACAGAAAGAACAUUCAGGACAAUAGAGUCCACUGCUGCCUCUACUUCAUACCUCCAUUUGGGCAUGGGCUGCGUCCGGUGGAUGUCGAGUUCAUGAAGGCUCUGCAUGAAAAAGUGAACAUAAUUCCUCUCAUUGCCAAAGCCGACUGCCUCACGCCCACCGAGAUCAAAAAGCUUAAAGACCGGAUACGAGAGGAGAUAGACAAGUUUGGGAUCAAGGUGUACCAGUUCCCUGAAUGUGACUCUGAUGAGGAUGAGGAGUUUAAACAACUUGACAAAGAGCUGAAGGAGUGCACGCCGUUCGCUGUGAUCGGCAGUAAUACAGUGGUGGAGGCCAGAGGUCAGAGGGUGAGAGGAAGACUGUACCCCUGGGGGAUUGUUGAAGUGGAAAAUCAGUCCCACUGUGACUUUGUGAAACUGAGGAACAUGCUCAUCCGUUCACACAUGCACGACCUCAAAGACGUCACCUGCGACGUCCACUAUGAAAACUACAGAGCGCAGUGCAUCCAGGAGAUGACCAGUAAACUGGCUCAGGACAACCGGAUGGAGAGCCCCAUCCCCAUCCUGCCGCUCUCCACUCCAGAUGUGGACACUGAGAAGCUCAUCAAGAUGAAAGACGAGGAACUGAGGAGGAUGCAGGAGAUGCUGAACAAGAUGCAGCAGCAGAUGCACGACAAGGACUAGUGAUGCUAGCGGUGCUGAAGCUGCGGCGCCACCUGCUGUUUCUGCCCCCAUCAACUGCGAGACCUUCAGCCCUGGGUGGUGGCAACUCUUAACUGCAUUUCUCUUCAGUUUGGUGCUUCGUUUUGUGUGUCUGCCUGGAGGUGGAUUAUUUCUCUGAAUAUUUCUGUUUUCCCAUUUUGAGCCCUUUGCUGUUGUAUUAACACAAGGAAUAUAAAUUUAAAUAACUCCUCAGUAUAUCUUAAUUUAUAACGCAGUGCUAAGCAUUUUCAAUAUGAUGUGAGGGUGUGUUUUGUAAAGAAAUAUAGGUUGACAAUUAGAAUUGAACAUUAUUGUUUUCUAUUGUGUGUGUUUGAUAUAUGAGUGUUUAAUAUAAAUUUACCUUCCAUAACAUUCCCAUUGACCUCAUAAAGGUGCCACGGUAACAUUUAUUUAAUUAAAAGUCCACGUAAGCUUAUCAUUUGUUCAGAAACUUCUAAAUUCCUCAGACAUUACCUGUCAAAACAUCGUCUCUGAAUAUUUCAAUGGGCUGAACUGGAAAUGCUUUUUCUGUGAGUGAAGAGCCUCUGACCAAGAAAGAGACAGGAUUUGUGCAUUAUUGGGUGCAUGUGAAAGCAUGCGGUCAGUCCUUAAAUCUGCUGAAAGCUGUGGGCCUAUUUUUACUGCUUUACAGCUGGAUCCUUGUUUUUGUAUUAAAUGCACUUUGCUUUGUUGCAUCUACAGGAUGGAAAUAACAAGGAGCAAAAAAGCACAGUGUCUGUGAUUCUGUUUUGAAUUUAUCUCAUUUGAAGUGACUUAUGCCAUAGAAGUUGUUAAACCUACAUGUGUGUUAGGAUCGCAGCGUGCGUGUGUGCGUGUGUGUAUAUAUGUGUAUGCGUGUGCUGAUGCUGACGACCUGUACAUACAUUUGCCUGAAGGCUGUGAGCUCAGUCUGUGUCCCAU